CUUCUGAGACAAUAGUACCUUUGCCAUAUGAAAUGCAGGGAAAGAAGACAUCUCAAGAGACGGCAACUAUGUCCUCUUUACUACAAACUAACCCGAAGGGGCCACAGACAGCCCCUAAAUCACCAGUUGGGCUUCUUGGGAAAAGGGGUCAAGAAGCAAUUCCUAAAAUGCAACCCGCUAUGAUGAUGUUCUCCAGCAAAUACUGGGCUCGACGAGGUCUAUCGUUGGAUUCAGCAAUGUAUGAUCAACAACACCUUGCAGCCUCCAUGCUCCGCAGGACAUCCUUUAAUCGGAUAGAUGAAAGACCUGAUAAAGAAGAACCAAAAUCCACUCAUGACCUUGGGAAAUUAGCAGUGAUUUUCUCUCUGAAGAAUGAAGUGGGCUGUCUGGUGAAAGCGCUGAGACUCUUUCAGGAGAAGCAUGUGAAUUUGUCCCACAUUGAGUCUCGGAGAUCCAAGAGAGUCACCAAUGAGGUGGAGAUUUAUGCAGAGUGCAACUGCACAAAGAAAGAGUUCAGUGAGUUGGUGCAGCACCUGAAAGACCACGUCAACAUUGUCUCAUAUAACACACCUCAACAAGUGUGGUCUGCAGAGACCGACUGUUUGGACUGUGUGUGUGUUUUGGGUGGGUUGCCAGAUGGGGAAGGAAUACCAUGGUUUCCCCAAAAGAUCUCAGAGCUGGACCAAUGCUCUCAUAGAGUGCUAAUGUAUGGCUCAGAACUGGAUGCUGACCAUCCAGGCUUUAAAGACAAAGUGUAUCGGGAGAGAAGGAAGUACUUUGUGGAAGUUGCAAUGAACUACAAAUUUGGGCAGCCCAUCCCACGGAUCGAGUACACAGCAGAAGAAGUGAAGACAUGGGGAGUAAUUUUCAGAGAACUUACAAAACUCUAUCCAACUCACGCCUGCCGCGAGUACUUAAAAAACCUCCCUCUUCUCACAAAGCAUUGUGGAUACAGGGAGGACAACAUCCCACAGCUGGAAGAUGUGUCUCGAUUCUUACGUGAGAGGUCAGGUUUUACCGUACGACCUGUGGCUGGAUAUCUGUCACCACGAGACUUCCUGGCCGGUCUGGCUUAUCGAGUGUUUAAUUGCACUCAGUAUAUACGUCACAGCACUGAUCCACUCUACACACCAGAACCGGACACCUGCCAUGAACUGCUGGGUCACAUGGCGCUCCUGGCCGAUCCCAAGUUUGCUCAGUUUUCUCAAGAGAUUGGCCUUGCAUCUCUAGGCGCUUCAGACAAGGAUGUGCAGAAGCUGGCAACAUGCUAUUUCUUCACAAUUGAAUUUGGACUGUGCAAACAAGACGGUCAGUUGAGAGCCUAUGGAGCAGGUCUACUGUCUUCUAUUGGAGAGUUGAGACAUGCGUUAUCUGACAAGGCAACAGUGAAUAUGUUUGAUCCCAAAACCACAUGCUACCAGGAGUGCCUCAUUACAACAUUUCAAGAUGUUUAUUUUGUCUCAGAGAGUUUUGAAGAGGCAAAACAGAAAAUGAGGGAAUUUGCUAAAACAAUAAAGAGGCCUUUUUCUGUCUACUACAACCCGUACACCCAGAGCAUUGAUUUAUUGAAGGACACCAGGAGCAUUGAGAACGUGGUUCAAGAUCUACGCAGCGACCUAACCACUGUCUGCGAUGCCCUGGGAAAAAUGAACACGUACCUCGGUAUCUAGCUAAUCAGAGUCAUCAGUGCUUUAUUGUAGAAUAAAUCUGCAACUGUUUUACAUUAUUAAAUUCCAAUUCCAUUAAUACUUUAACAUCUGUAGUGAUGUUGAUUAUCUGGGCUAAACAUUUAUUAGUCUUGCCUUGUUAUGAGGAUGUAUGCCACAUAAAUUAAGGUGUGAAAUAUUGCAACCGUAGUCAUACGGCAUUCAAACCCAGUCAACAUGUCAAUGUAUUAAGACACUAAAUGAAAAGAAAGGAUUUAAUAUUUAUCUAGUCUUUGCCUCUUUGUGCCGAAUGUUCUGCUUAAAACAGAGUUACAAAAUGUAUGUGUUUUAUUUCAACCUCAUAGCAAGUGAAGGCAGUUGGUACAUUAAUAAUGAUAAAAAAAAUGAAUUAAAAAAACCUAUUAAGCACUAUCCUGAUUCCAGUGGCAUUCUAAACGCAUGUAUGUGGUGCUUGCUUUAUUUGUUGUUGAAAAGCCAACAUCUCAGUCAAUAAAGCAUUAUAUUUUAGCAUUAUAUUUUGAUCUGCUUUUUAAAAGUGCGCAGCAAUGAGUUAAGGGCACAUUUCAUUCAUAACACUACAUUUUAUUUUAUUUUACAUUAAAUGUAUAUAUAAACAAGUACAUAUUUAAUACUGUGAAUAUAUACACUUAAAUAUAACCAGCAUAAUAAAAGUAAAAAAGGUAUCUAUAGAUUUAUAAAAUAUAGAUUUUAUAGAUUUUUAGAAA